CAAGCACCCUCCCCAACACACACACACACACACCCCCACUGCUUGUGUGAACGUAAACACACAUACACACACCACAGACGCGUGUGGUUGACCGCACCGGGCUCUCGGCUAUGUGUGAAGACACGCACGGCACGCCAAAGAAGCAGCUCUACUGAAUCUGACGCUCGCUUUGUAGCAGGACCGCCAACCAGAUCGCAUCGAAAACCAUCCUACUUUCUCUCUCUCUUUUUCCCCUCCCUCUCUUUUCAGUUGUACUUGUGUGAACAGAGCAGGAGAAAAGGAAAUACCACCCCCCCCAUCAUCUCUCUCUCUCACUCACUCUCUCUCUCUCUCUUUCUGUCUGUCCUGUGGUGGGAUAAACAGUGAAAAGAUGAGCCUGUGAUACAGCACCAGACCUGAGUGACCUGACAGCUCAAACAAAUCCUGUUCAGACAAGAAGAAAUGCUGCCAGUUGAAGCCUAGUCUCUGAUAGCAGUGGAGAACAACCAGUCUACUUCCCGGAAGAAUACAAGACUUCUCUGAUCUGGGUGAUGAAGGAGGCUGUGACCUGCAAAGAGGAAAGUAAAAUAUAAGUGACUGAUUCCUGCUUCGAGAGAGAGAAAGAGCAAGAGACAGGAAGAAAGAGAGAGAGAGAGACAGUUUGCUGGUUCAUUGGACAGAGUGACUUGCCACGCUCCGACUGCCCCCUUCUCCCCACAGCAUCAGACACCUCUGUGGUUGCAGUUAGACCCCACCUGCUCAGCCACAGCUGUACAUGGAGACCCCCAGUUGGGCAGAAACCAAACCAGGAAACGGGCUGUGUAAAACCGGAAGCAUUGCUCUCUUUGGAAACGUAGUGUACAGUGGGCUGCUGAACGAUCACUUCUGGCAUUUCGGGGUGCCCCUUGUCACAAGACUGGGUAACCAGGAGGCCCCUGCUCCCCCAGAAGCCAUGGCUCAGCCGUACGCUCCAGCACAGUAUCCUCCCCCUCCACCUCAGAACGGGUUGCCUGGCGAAUACACCCACCCUGGGCAGGACUACACGGGGCCCAGUCCGGUCCCUGAGCACGCUGCAGCCCUCACUAUCUACACACCCACACAGACACACAGCGAGCCACCUGGCACUGACAGCAGCACGCCUUCCCUCACAGGGACUAGCAGCAUACCAGUGAGUGCCACUAGCAGCAUGCAGCAAGUGGAUGAUGUGGCGCAGACAGACGGCUCUCAGCAGCUUCAACUCCAGCCCUUAGACUCUUCGGAGAAGCAGCAGCCCAAACGGUUACACGUCUCCAACAUUCCCUUCCGCUUCCGUGACCCAGACCUCCGGCAAAUGUUCGGGCAAUUUGGGAAAAUUUUGGAUGUGGAAAUUAUUUUUAACGAGCGGGGCUCUAAGGGUUUUGGUUUUGUAACAUUUGAAACAAGCGCAGAUGCAGACCGCGCAAGGGAGAAAUUAAACGGUACAAUCGUAGAGGGACGCAAAAUUGAGGUAAAUAAUGCAACGGCACGAGUAAUGACAAACAAAAAAGUGGCCAACCCAUAUACAAACGGCUGGAAGCUGAAUCCAGUGGUGGGAGCUGUCUAUGGUCCUGAAUUUUAUGCAGUGACAGGCUUCCCCUAUCCCACCACAGGGGCGACGGUGGCUUACAGGGGCGCCCACUUGAGAGGCAGAGGUCGUGCUGUCUACAACACGUUCCGCGCCGUACCUCCACCCCCUCCCAUUCCUGCUUACGGAGCUGUGGUUUACCAAGAUGGCUUCUACGGUGCUGAGAUCUAUGGUGGCUAUGCAGCAUACAGAUAUGCCCAACCAGCGGCAGCAGCUGCAGCGGCCUACAGUGACAGCUAUGGCAGAGUCUAUGCAACAGCAGACCCUUAUCACCACACGAUUGGACCUGCAGCCACGUACAGCGUGGGCACUAUGGCUAGCCUUUACAGAGGAGGUUACAGUCGCUUCACACCCUACUAGAGAGAGAAUCAAUCCAAACAAACAAACAAACAAAAGAAAACAAACACAAACAAACAACCCAACCUCAUCUACGUUCAAUAGAGCAAAACGCCUCCGGGUCAUAAGCGAACCUUCCCCGAACAGUCACAUUUGGGCUAAAGCUCUUCUUAUCAACCUGCUGUUAUCCAGCAUUUCUGUUGCUUGGCUAUUGAUUUGGAAUCUGUUUUGUUUGUAUUGAAAUGUGUGGUCCGGUAGUGGAGGGGCUGAGUGACAGAGGUGGGGGAGGGGGCUGUCCAAUGAGUUUUCUCAUUUAGUCAUGCCGUAGAUUUAUGGGCAUGAGCUCAGCUGAUUUAUGUGGACAGGGAGCGGGCCAGUAAGUGAGUUUAUUUGCCUUACUAAAUGGUACAGCAAUGAGCAACUUGAGCAAAACAACAGCAGCGCUAGACUCGCAUACGUAUAUUUGCAGUCUUUGCAUUAAAAGCCCCACUGAACACCCACUUAUUAUAAGUAGCGAUGACUGCUAUUCAUUAAAAUAUGAAAUGAAAAACCUCUAAGGUUUGCUUAUGCUAUCUGUAAACUACUAAUAUAGCCUUACAAUUUUUUUCUCCAGUAAAUAUCAAAGGGAAAUAUGGAUAUAAACAUUUAUUUACAAAGCUCCGGCUUUCUCUUAUGGAGUCUAUGAUUGUUUACCGAUACUAUAUUGUAGUAGUGUUAAAAUUGAUAGUUAGCUACAUGGACCCUUCAUGAAGCAUUUCAAGUAAUUCUCUGUCACUCACACCCUCUUUCACUUUGACAUACUGUUAUAUAACUCAAUGAACAUUUAUUGUCUGUAUGAUUGCAAUUGUAUGUCAUUUGGGGAUUUUGAUGUCAAGUUAGAUGUCAAUUUUUUUUUUUAGUAUUUGG